UUUAAUCAGAGAUAAGAGACUUUCCUAUUUGCCUGCAUUUUAUCAGUAUCAAUUAAUUACGAUCAGUUUCUUUGUUCCUUUCAAAGCGAUCGUAUCAAUGGAGAUCGCUAUAAACAGAUACUAUUGUGAGCAUCUGUGCACCUGUGCGCAAAAAAAAAUCAUAAAACGCUAUAUCAUUUGAUGGAUAAACAAUCGGUUCACAUGAUAAGAGUCUUUCUUCUUCGACACUUCAAUCACAAUGUUUGAUAUAAUCAAUCAUAUUGUCAAAUCAGAAGUUACGUCGGAUUACGAUAAAUAGCAUUUGAUAAGAUCGCAUAAAAUAGCAAACACUCCGUGGUGGUAUUUUUUCAGUAAAUAAGCAGCGCCGUAUAUAUACGCUGCAGGGAGAAAAAUCGCGCACAAUACGGUUUGAGCCGAUCGAGUCUCGCGUAACGAUUUCAUAAAGUGACUACAAUGCAGCUUCCGAUCGUCCUUCUAUUCAUCGUGGCGUCCGCCAGCGCGAUGCCGCACUUCUCGAGCAACGAGCUAUCGAAUAUCCUAAGUGAGACAGAAAAGAUCCCGUGGAUCGAGGAACUCGACGAUCCAAAACUUUGGACAAAUCAGAAGUCGCUUACCACUAUGGAUCUAUUCAGUCAAUACGGUUACAAUGGUGAACUGCAUAAAGUGAUGACUACCGACGGCUACAUUUUGGAAUUACAUCGAAUAACAGGACGAGGUAAUUCCGGCAAAUCACAAGUGGGAAAACCCGUAGCACUUGUGAUGCACGGCCUCUUAUGCUCAUCGGCGUGUUGGGCUGUUUCCGAGAAGGGUUUAGCUUACGUCCUUGCGGACGCAGGCUACGACGUGUGGCUAGGAAAUUCACGAGGCAAUGUAUAUGCGCGCGAGCAUGCACUUCCAGAUAUUCGAGAAGACGUUUUCUGGGACUUCAGCUUCCAUGAGAUCGGUGUGCGCGAUAUUCCAGCCAUGAUAGACUACAUCGUAAAAGUUACGGGCCAAGAAAAAAUGUUUUAUAUUGGUCAUAGCCAAGGAACCACUGCUUUCUUUAUAAUGGCAUCAGAACGGCCGGAAUAUCAGAACAAGAUCACAGCUAUGUUCGCCCUGGCACCUGUAGCUUAUUGUGGCAGAAUGCCAAAUCCAAUUCUUCAAUUUAUUGCCAGAUUUUCCGGUCCUAUAAAUGCACUGAUGGACUUAAUUGGUAUGCACGAAUUCAAACCUACGGGCAAGGCUAUGCAAAUAUUUAAAAACAUUGUUUGCGCUGAAGAUGCUAUCACGCAACCCUUGUGUUCAAACAUACUCUUUUUGUUCGGUGGUUUCAACAAGGACCAAUUAAACACGACUCUUCUACCAAUGAUCCUGGAUCAUGCUCCGGCUGGUGCAUCCACGAAGCAAGUAAUGCAUUAUGCACAACUCAUAAAGACCGGUAUUUUAACAUUUACGUCGGGAAAAUUUAGACAAUACGACUAUUCAUUAGCCGAAAAUUUAAGAAAAUAUCGUUCAAUCCACCCUCCAAAAUACGAUUUGGGAAAAAUCAAAGUGCCAGUGGCAUUACAUUACAGUACCAACGAUUGGCUAGCUCAUGUCAAUGAUGUCGACAAAUUGGAAAAGGAGCUUAGUAAUCCAUAUGGGAAGUUCCGCGUACCACAUGAAAAAUUCACUCAUUUGGACUUCAUGUGGGCUAAAGAUGUCAAAGAACUUUUAUAUGACAAGGUCUUAAGUUUGAUGACACAUUUCCAAUGAAGUACUGAGGUUUAUUUUUUAGACUUUGCAAAGAAAAAAAAUUUACAAGUUUAAUUUUAUUUAUCGGAAUCUUAACAUAAUUUAUUAGGAUUAAUAUUUGAUAGAACCAUCAAUUAAAAGUAUCAGUCUAUUUUAACAGAUUAUUUCAUGAACUUUUGAUAAUUCUCGAAAUAUUUUUUGCGUCUUCAUAAAAUAUGAAAUUUGUGAUGUCUAAAAAUUAAUAAGAUAUUAAUAAUUUUUUCCACUUGACUUCCUAAGAGAUAUUUUUUAAGGUUCUUGAAUGACUCGUUGCGAUUAUGUUAGAAUAUAAAGCGAGAAAUUAAUGUGCUUAAAACGUUGCAUUUUAUUAGCAAAUAAAAGUAUAUUUCACAAAAAAUAUAACUCAUUUUAGCACAUUUGUAAAAUGCGCUGAAAAAUCUGACAGAGCCUGUUAACAUUACAACGGAGUUUGCUCGAUUUCUGUUACCAGUUUACUAAUGUAAAAUGUAAAUAGGUUCUGUCGAUAGAAUGUUAGCAGAAUGGCUCAGUCGAGUUUAGUCUGCUAACAUUUUUUUUUAUUCUGUUGCCAGUUUGCUAAUAUUCUGCCAACAUUUUGCUGAUUGGGUAAGGAGCUUGGAGCCUUAAAUUAAUGAUAUAUUAGGUCGGUAUUCAUAGUUAAAUCUUAAUAAUAUUUAAGCAUUUUAAUAAUAUUUAAACAUAUUAGCAUUUUAAGACAUUACUUAAGACGGUCUUGAAGUAAAUAUCAAACUGUGAAUACCGACCUUAGGGAUAUACUGUUAUAAUUAAUUUUAAAUUUAACUUCUAAAUUUAGAUGACUAUUGACAUGGUGAUUAUGAACUAAUAAUAUCUCGAUACCUAUCAAGAUAUUAUAUUAUCUCCUAUUAUUUCAAUUUUCAAGUAUAGAGAAUGUGAUAAGCUAAAGGUCUUUAUUCUGUGAGAGAUCAUUUAUAAUAUAAACUUGCCUUAAUUUGCAAGUAAUUUUUAAAGACUGAAAGAUGUGUAAA